AUGUCUUUCCGUGCUCUUGCUUCCGCUCCAGCUACUGCCUUAACCAACGCUAGAGCCGUUGCUCAACGUACGCAUACCCGUUUUAUUCAAUCUAUUUAUAGGAGAUUCCAAGAAGUCUCCAGUAGUCUUGGAUCCUGGUUCAGGCCAGAAUCCUUUUUAUCCUUAGAUGGAUUAAUUGUUCCCCGUUUGCUGCAUCCAGCCGGGUUACAGUUCAUGAGACAGGCAGAAAUGAUGUUCCUCAUGCCGGGUUUUAACAUUGACGAAACCCUGUUUACAUCUACUACUGAUCUUGAUGAACAAAGAGCACCUUCUGUUCCGGUUCAGGAAACAUCCAAGAACGUCAAGGAACCUGCUCAGAGCCUUGAGCUUCUUACUUGGGAAGAGCCAGAAGUUCCAAAGACUGACGUGGCUUCAGAAUGGCAGACUGUCAAGCCCAGACGUCAAAAGAGGAAGGUCGAAGGCUCGCCUUUGCCCAGUCCUACAAUUAUUCCCAGCACGCUUCAGAAGUUGACAAAGAAGCAGAAUAUUAAGCAGCAGAAGAUGAAGCAACAGGUGGACAAGUUGGAAGAGCCGGAGGAUCCAAUUGUCGAUACCAGCAAUCGCAAGAUGGUGAACAUCUAUGACUGUCUUCUGAAGUUGACCAUGGAGGAGGAAAUGAAGGUGGAGGAGGAGGAAAAGAAGAUGAAGGAGGAGGAGGAGAAGAUGAAGAUGAAGGAGGAGGAAGAGAAGAAGAUGAAGGAGGAGGAGGAGAAGAAGAGGAAGGUGGAGGAGGAGAAGAUGAAGAUGAAGGAGGAAGAGAAGAAGAUGAAGGAAGAUGAGGAGAAGAAGAAGAUGAAGGAGGAGGAAGUCAAGGUGGAGGAGAAGGUGAAGCAAAAGAAGAAGAAGAAGAAGAAUGUUGAGAAGUUUGUUGAGUUGGAAGAGCCUAUCUUCGACACUAGAAAGCAGAAGAAGUUGACGAAGCAGGAGAAGAUGAAGCAACAGAAGAUGAAGCAGAUGAUGGAGAAGCUUAAGGAGUCGGAAGAGGAGGAGGAGGAUCUGAUUUUCGACACCAGUAACCGUAAGAAGGUGAACAUCUUCGAAUGUCUUCUGGUUUGA